GUUAACAAGAUCUGAACUACGGAGCCAUGGAGAACGUUUCAUGGCCAAGUACUUCCAACUUGUCAUGUGAUCCCAUUGGGGGUAUCUGUUAUCAUGAUAACUCCAAGAUUCAUCUCACUAACCACGAGUUAUCCACUGACUUCUACAUCAUUCUCCCUGUCAUCUACUCAGUGAUCUGCGUUGUGGGGCUGACAGGAAACACGGCCGUGAUUUACGUCAUUCUCAAAGCUCCCAAAAUGAAGACGGUGACCAACCUCUUUAUCCUAAACUUGGCGAUAGCAGACGACCUUUUUACUCUCGUCCUUCCCAUUAACAUUGCCGAGAUCCUGCUCCAUUAUUGGCCCUUUGGAGUUGUCCUCUGCAAGAUUAUUUUGUCCAUUGACCUUUACAACAUCUUUUCCAGCAUUUUCUUCUUGACCGUAAUGAGCAUUGACCGCUAUCUAGUGGUUCUAGCUACAGUGAGGUCCAAAAGGAUGCCCUAUCGUACCUACAGAGCUGCCAAAAUUGUCAGCCUCUUGGUCUGGAUCCUGGUCAUUGUCAUCGUGUUGCCCUUUACCGUUUUCGCCGGGGUUUACAUGGAUGAUUUGGAAUUUAAAAGCUGUGGUUUGAAUUUCCCCAAGCCUGAGAAAACGUGGUUUAAGGCCAGUCGUAUAUACACCUUGAUGUUGGGCUUUGCUAUCCCCGUCUCCACAAUAUGCAUCUUGUACAUGGUCAUGUUAUACAAGCUGCGGCACAUGAGGUUGAAUUCCAAUGCUAAAGCUUUGGACAAAGCCAAGAAGAAAGUAACCAUCAUGGUCUUUGUGGUCCUCGCGGUUUGUCUUUUCUGCUGGACUCCUUUUCAUUUGGCCACCAUCGUGUCGCUGACCACAGACUUGCAGGAGACAUCACUGGUCAUCGGGAUCUCAUAUUUCAUCACUAGCCUGAGUUACGCCAACUCUUGCCUCAAUCCGUUCCUCUACGCCUUUCUAGAUGACAGCUUCAGGAAAAGCUUUCGGAAACUGUUGGAAUGUAGAACAGCCUGA